GAGAUCACCUCCCGGAAAUUAAACCGUCGCAACGCGGAAGUUUCUGAAGGAAAACAACAAUACUCGUUUUAGAAGCUCGCCAGUGAGGAAAUCUUUUUUUUAAAAAAACAACGUUUGUCAUCUGGGUUUUUUGUGCCGGAUCGGACGGGAGCAGAUCAAGAUGGAGUUCCUGUUCGGGAAGAGAAAGACCCCGGAGGAGCUGCUGAAGCAGAACCAGAGGGCGCUCAACCGGGCCAUGAGGGAGCUGGACAGAGAGCGAAUGAAACUGGAGCAGCAGGAGAAGAAGAUCAUCGCGGACAUCAAGAAAAUGGCCAAGCAGGGACAAAUGGAUGCCGUCAAGAUUAUGGCCAAAGACCUGGUCCGCACGAGACGCUACGUGAAGAAGUUCAUCAUGAUGAAGGCCAACAUUCAGGCCGUCAGUCUGAAGAUUCAGACCCUCAAGUCCAACAACAGCAUGGCGCAGGCCAUGAAGGGCGUCACCAAAGCCAUGGCCACCAUGAACAGACAGCUCAAGCUGCCUCAGAUCCAGAAGAUCAUGAUGGAGUUCGAACGUCAGAGCGAGAUCAUGGACAUGAAGGAGGAGAUGAUGAACGACGCCAUCGACGACGCCAUGGGGGAUGAAGAUGACGAGGAGGAGAGUGACGCCAUUGUGUCCCAAGUCCUGGACGAGCUGGGUCUUAAUCUCAGUGACGAACUCUCAAAUCUCCCGUCUACCGGCGGAUCCCUGUCGAUCGCCAGCGGGAAGAAAGCGGAGCCUCAAGCCACGCUGGCCGACGCCGAUGCCGACCUGGAAGAACGCCUCAAUAACCUCCGGAAAGACUGAACGCAAGCGCAUGCAGACUUUUCCCUCCGAUGUUAUUCUUUGGAUGGAAUGUCGCCCGUAUUGGCUUUUUUCUUUCUGCGGUGUUUCAUUUGACGUGGGUAUAUUAUUAAAUAUUAUCCUUGAUAGGACUGAAGAAGCCUGUCUCCUUUACGACAAUGCCAAAAGACACAAAUCCCUUGAGAAUGUGUCCAUAAUUGCAUUUUGUUACAUUUGAAAUUAACACUAAAAACUAAUCAUCCAUGUGACUUAUUGAAAAGUAUUGUUUUAUAUAUAUGUGAUCACUCCUUAUCAGGCAACAAAGACAAGCUGUGUAAUUUGUAGCUAAAUGUGCUAUAUACAGUUUCACAAAUUGGGUGACUUAUUAUACUAAAACACCAAAAGUACUGUCUCUGGUUGUUCUGAUUUCAAAAAGAUUUUCCUCCAAAAGCAAGUCUGUAGUUUUUAUACCUACAGAUGAAGUGUUCAUGUUAUUGUUGAAUAAACUUUUUCUCCUACA